CUCGCCAUCUCGCGCACGCAUUUUCCUUCUCUCCGUUGCGUUUCUACUCCCUCUCUGCGCCGUCGUCAUCCGUCCGUCUGUCUCACUGUCUCUCUCUCUGGUUUGCCUGCACGCUCCGUGUCGCCGUUUUCUUCUUCUCUCCCUCUCUCACUCUAUCUCGUUCUCUCUCAUAGAGAGUACACACUGGUCACAACAGAGCACAGAAGUCAGUGCAGCCGCGGCGAGCAGCUGACGCGCUUUAAAACACACGAGGCCGAAAGAGAGACAUGUAUUAUGUUCCGCGCGCUCCCAGUAGUGACAGACCGUAAGCACGUGCUUGGAGCGAAAAUACGAAUUUGCGGGUGCGUGCGUUCACCGUUUUGUGCUGGUGUGUGAAGCCGUGGUGAGAGAGACGUACGACGUUGGCAGGAGACGCCGCGGUCGCAACUAGAUAGACGAGGGCGAGUCCUGCCGGCCACCUCCAAGGAGCACGAGAUUACAUGCCCCCGAAGAUCCCCGCAUCGCCGGAGUCGCAGCAGCAGAAUGGAGCUGACAGCCUCGCUACCCUCGACAUCGCUGUUAUUGGCUUUGGUCUUGACUUUACUUUCCAUCCUGCGUCGAUGCGACGCCGUCUCCGAGAGCAUCAAAGGUAGCCGAGAAACUUGUGACAUCGAGGGCGAGGAUUUCACCGUCGAUAAAAUUCCAAAUACAAAGUGCUUCAACUGCAUCUGUAAGAACGGCUUCGUUGAGUGUCUGAAGCAGCAGUGCCCGAGCAUCGAGGGCUGCUACAUGCUCCUGGACCCGAGGAAGGAGGAGUGCUGUCAGAAAUGCAAAGGAUGCGUGAAGAACAACGUUCAUCAUCCUUCUGGAACGGAAUGGACGGAACCUAGCGAUCCCUGCAGGAUAUAUACUUGUAAUGCCGGCGUUAUUACAGAAUCGAAACUACGCUGUUACACUCCUUGUGCUAAUCCAACUCCACCAGCACCGGGACAAUGUUGCCCAACCUGUACAGGAUGCUAUGUGAAUGGACAAAAAGUAACAGAGGAAAGAUCGGUCAUGACAACGGAGGAUCCUUGCGUUACUUGUAGGUGUAAUAUGGGUCGACUGACGUGUGCGAAAAAAGCUUGUCCAGUACUGCAUUGUCCUGUAUCAAGAAUCGUUCAAGAGCCAGGAGAAUGUUGUCCGCGAUGCCCAGGAAGCGGCAAGUACCUGCUGCCACCGAGGGGUGCGUGUAUGCUCGGCACCGUCCUCCACAACUCCGGGACGCAGUUCUACCUGGACGAGUGCACGCGCUGCUCGUGCACGAGCUCGGCGAUCAGCUGCGCGAAGGAGACCUGCCCGGUGCUCGAGUGCAACAGCGAGUAUCAGACAAAGAUCCCGGGCCGCUGCUGUCCCCAGUGUCCCCUGGUCGAGGAGAGCCGGGCCUCGUGCACCUACGCCGGGAAGACUUACGGGGAUGGCGAAACUUGGAAGCUGGAUCCCUGCAAGUCAUGCGCAUGUAAACAGGGAAAGGUGCGCUGUGCCAUGUCCAUGUGUCCUCCUUUAACGACCCCAUGUCCGCCAAAUUCACGGUUAGAACUACCGGAGGGUCAAUGUUGUCCUCGUUGCGUUGAAAGCGAUGGCGUGUGUACGAUAUUUGGUGAUCCACACUAUCGGACCUUCGACGGCAAGUUCUACACGUUUCGUGGCUCCUGCAAGUAUCAAUUGGCCAGUGAUUGUGCGAAUCAUAGUUUCAGUAUACGCGUGACCAAUGAUGCUCGAGCUACGCGUCUGUCUGCCUGGACCAAGACCAUCUCUAUGAAGAUCGGCGAGCUGAAGGUCAAUCUGGGUCAGCGUAUGCGCGUGAAGGUGAACGGAAGGCGGGUCGAGGUGCCCUUUCGCUUAGCUAACAAACUGAACAUCAAUCGCACCCUCGAUAGUAUCCUCGUAACGACGCAUUUGGGAAUUAAAAUUCUCUGGGACGGCAUAAGUUUCCUCGAAGUAUCCGCGCCAACGUAUUACAGGGGAAAGCUAUGCGGCUUGUGCGGCAACUUCAAUUCCAUACCGAAAGACGACCUCAUGAAUCGACGAGGCAAACUCAUGUCCGAUCCUGUGAAUUUUGGUAACUCCUGGGCUGUGGGGGCUAAAAAGAUUUGCUCGAGGACGAAAACUCACGCAUUAAGGCGCGGCUGCAAGCUCAGAAAGGAUCACAGGCUGUGCAACCGACUGCGUUCCUCGAUCUUCGAGUCCUGCCACCGGAAGGUCAACCCGACCAUGUACUACAAGGCCUGUCUGCAGGACAUGUGCGAAUGCCCGAGCGAGCACUGCUACUGCGAGUCCUUCAUGGCUUACGCCCACGACUGUCAGCGUCUCGGCAUCCAACUCCCUCACUGGCGCAAGUCGACCCGUUGCCGGACGGUCUGGGAUACGACGCCCGUCGGCCAGGGGCUGCCACCCGGGUUCAUCCCGGCCCCGCACCAGUCCCCGGCUCGUAGACGCCGCCCCGGCUAGCGACGGACUCCCGCGGCGCGUCCGGCCCGCCGCCGCCGCGACCACUCCACCCCGUUCCUCGUCGACGAGGCCCGGGGGAGCCCGCGAGGAUGGCCACACUCCGCGCGAGGAUAUACUAGUCAUCAGCUUACACUCGAUUCACAAUAAUGAGCACCUUCCAGUAUUUUGGCCGAUGAGCAGGCUCGCGGCUGCAUAGCAUCUACGUACACAACCCAGUCUCAUUGAGAAGGAACACCAGCGUCGAUUACGCAUGCGCGAUUGUUGAAUGUAUUUUCUAUUGCUAUUAAAUGCCUAGGGGCACUACCUAAUUGAUGAAAGCUCGCGCUGUCUCGUUUCUCGUACGACAAUAUGUCCUAAAUGGCAUUUCUCCUAUUAUUAUUUUUACUACAUGCGUAUUACUUACUAGCUGCUGUUAUGGAAUGAAUUGCAUUGUAAAUGGAUUUCUUUCCCGCUGGCAUAUAUAUCGUGAAUAAUCAUUUGUAUAUAAAUAAUUCGUAGUAACGUCCAAUAUAUUUUUCGUUACUUCUCAAUAAUAUUUCUCGCAAUGGCCACUGGGAAACUUAUCUUGCACAAUGCUUUGCACGUGAUACGAUUAUUAUUUGCCGGAUUAAUUGAGCUAAAUCAAAGCCAAUUAUCAAUUACAAAUAAUAUAAUUAAAUUGGCCGAUAAAACGAUGGUCAUAUAU